GCGACUAUACGAACGUAUAUAUACGCCUGUGUAUGUCCAUAUAAAUCUAUGUACGUAACGUACGCGUACGUGUGAGCGCGCGUACGUGUAGAUAACCGUAUAUCAGAGGCGGUGAAACGCGGUGCGAGUAAUACAUAAAUCAGCUGGUCUGCAGGCUGCCAUAUCAUUUCGUACAACGGUCAUGAAUGAAUAGAGCCGUGUGUGAGUUAUCGUUUUACCUGCUCUUUCAAAAUCUAACGCAGCUCGCGGGUCUUCGGUUUCUCGUACAUUUACGUAAUUCGCGCGUCACGUGUAUCGCGAAACUCGUACACUGUCAUUCGCAAGUGUGUGAAGUUGCGUAUAUACGAGAAAAUUCCGCAACGAAAUAUAACACGAGUUAUAAUUUCCUAUACGUAUAAUAAUAAUUCAGCGACACGAUAGCCUCGACAUCGUAUCGAAUUAGAAAAGCGAAAAAAUUAAUCCGUUUGAUCACUAAUGGUAAACACCGUACACGUCGGAGGAGCAAGGUUAACACGGUUUUAAAAAAUCAUAUUCGGGGAUGAUGAUGUCGAGUGUUUUUGAGCGCCACCUGGAUAAUUCGUGUUUGCUGUUUAUCUCGACGACGAUCAAACAACUCGUUGAUUUCACGGUUAUCGAAUUAAUUUAUGGGAUAAUGUUUUAUUAUGACAUUAAUUUAUAUUUGGCGUAAGUUUGCCUCGUAAUCUCGUUAAUCGAAAUAUACGUAGAGGUUUUUUGGCUGACGUUUGAAACAUCGAACGAUCAAGCGAAUCGAGAUAUAAUAUUAUACGUAAGAGGAGGUAAAUCCUCCGCGUGUACGUGCGUUUCAAUCGAUUGCAAGUAAGCUAGAUGUAAUUUAAAAAAUGUAACAUAGCGAUUGAAGGAAAAUGUUAUUUUAUCGGAAAGGAGCACUGAACGAAAUGAAAUGGCUGCGUCGCUCUUGGAAAUGUAUAGUAGUUCCAUCCGCAAAUGCCUCAAACAUGUUUCGAAAUACUGUCGAAUUGGAAGCAGCAGAGCAACUUUUCAUUGUACGGCAAAAAAUUUGAGUGUAAAAUGCAGCGAUAAACCAUUUUUCACAACUCGUUUAGCUCUACCUCCCGAUUACGAGAACGUAGCAGAUUUCAUGUGCGAGGCAUACUACAAACACGAACCGGUAGUCAUCAACAUUGGUCUCGGAGGUACAGAGGCCCCACCUAUUUGGAGACGUAUGAUGCUAGAACAAGUAAAGGCCGGAUACUCGAUCAUCGCUGAGAAUCGAGAGAACUGUAUAAUCGGUGCUGCCCUAAAUUCUAUAACGGACCAUAACGAACUGAAAAUGUUAUGUAAAUUGUCAAGAUGCUGCGAGAACGGACCUAUUCGCGAUCUUAUCGAAUUUUUCGCCUUCGUACUCGAAGCACCUAGAGUUUGGGAACGUUUUCCCGUAAGACUUAUCUUUGAACAAUGCAGUUUAGCAGUAAGUUGCGAGUAUCAACGUUUAGGAAUCGCCAAAAGAUUGAUCCAGGAAAGCUGGCACUUGGCACGCGAUUGUGGCUACCGAUUGUUCAGACUAGAUUGCAAUAGCAGCUAUUGUGCAAAGAUAGCCGAAGGUUUUGGAUGGCCAAUGAUCUGGGAUAUACCAUUCGAUCAAUAUGUCAAAAACGGUAAAGUUAUCUUCAACCAUGUUAAGGAACCACAUACUACGUGUCGCGUCUUCGUUGAUCGUUUACGAUAUUGUAAAACCUACUGUCUUCCUUAUAAGGAUUGUAAAACAACAACACCUGCUCCGUUCCCAGAAAAGUAA